AUGGAGCAUCCCACCUGGCAAGACCCCGACGCCGAUCUACUCCACGGCCUGAUGGCCGGUUGUGAGGCCAUGACUUCCGUGCCCUCGGACCUGUUCGAUCCAUUCAAGAACUCCGGACUGCCCUUUGGAGACUCGCUGCUGGACAGCUAUGAUGGUCUCACUCCUCUCCACUCAGAUCUGGCUGGCCCAUACAAACACUCCGACCUGGAUUUUGGCGACUCUCUGCUAGAUCUCCAACUCCAGCAGACUCAGUUUUGGUCAUCUGCUGAAUCCUACGACCUAUACUCCUCGCAAUACACCACCACCUCCCAGGAUGCCUGGACCCCGCUACAGAUCACCGGGGUACCGGCUAAUAACCCUUGUUCUUCACUGUCCCAUAUGAAUGCGGAUUUCUACUUCUCCAAUAGCCACAACCACUACGGCACACCCUCGGAGUGCGAAAGCCAGUAUAUGAGCAGUCUGCACUCGGAUUCGGGGUAUGGUACUGCGAGCUGUGCCACGCCCUCAGUCGUACCGUCCUCGUACGGCAUGGACAUGACCUCCAGUCCUUCACAGAUGGACAGUCAAGACCAAACUACAUGCUCAUUCAACCAGUCCUCGCCCUCACAUAUGUAUAACGGCUCGGUGAAAUGUGACUAUCCGCGCUGUUCGUGGGUAGGCAAGUGUCUAUCAGACAAGAGAAAACACAACGCCCGACACCAGAAGCGCUUCAAGUGCGACGAGCCGAACUGUUCCCGCAAAGAGGGAUUCGGCACGAUCAACGACCUGGCCCGCCAUAAGAAAUGUGUGCACAACCAGGAGCCCGAGCGCGGGCCCAAGAUGGUGUAUAUGUGUCUUGGGAAGAACUGCCCGCGUCCGAGUAAGAAGUGGCCGCGCUUGGAUAACUUCCGGCAACAUCUGGCCCGAAUGCAUGGGGAUGAGGAUGCCGAUGUACUAUUGAAGAGAUCUAUGGAUUGGUAUGAGGCUUCCACCACAUGCUCAGAUACCCAGUCCGUCUCUCACGAUGAUGAGGACGGGAGGAAACGCAAGUUUGGGGCCCUGCGAUGA